AUGCGCGUCCUACGGAACAUCAAUCUCAAGUGUGAAAACCUCACCGUAAUGUCGAAGAAUACCCAAAACAACCAGGAAUCUGUAAUGGUGGCGUUGACAUCCUACCUGGAAGACGCUCAAGCCCACGAGAUCCAAAAUCGACAGAAAGCUGCAAUCAGAUGGAUUCGAUCAGGUUCCUCGCCAACUCCAAAUCUUUCUCAUUGGGAAAAGGAUACGUGUGAAUGGAUCACUACCCACAAAGUGUUCCUGGAUUGGAAAGCUGGCGAUUAUCAAACCCCAUUGUGGAUUCAUGGGAUACCUGGGUGUGGAAAAAGUGUCCUAGCCAGCUACCUAAUGCAUAAUGGCUUCAACCCUGCCGACACACCAGGGGGCGUCUUCGGCUAUUUUUUCCAGAAGUCCCAGGAUUCUUCUACGCCUUCAGAUAUGGUAUGCUCCAUUGUUACGGACAUUCUGACAUCUCCCGCUCUGAGGAAAUCAAAAAGGCUCUUUGAGGCCAUAUCAAGCAUCGAAUGCCUGAUGGACCGAUACACUAAAGGGACUGAUUGUUCUCUGGAUAUUACUUGGCGGAUACUGGAAUCCUUGAUGGCUAAAAGCCCAGGAGUUUCACUUAUUGUGGAUGGAAUUGAUGAGUGCGCUGAGAAUGCAGAUGUGAAGAAGCUGCUACAGCAUCUCGGCAAGAUGGCCCAAACGACCGAUGCUCGAAUUAUUGUCUGUUCCCGAUACUCCAAACACAUCGAGCAAUCAUUGGGCUCUCGUGCCGUCAUAUAUAUUGAGCCCGAUCAUGUUGCUGGUGAUAUCCAAUCCUUCGUCACAGCUGAAAUCGACCGAACAAGGCGGUUGGCCGGGAUCAAAGACAGGCUGUUGGCCAAGUGCGCCAUUCAUUCCCAGGGAAUGUUUUUAUGGGCACGGCUGAUGCUAGAUGCCGUAAAGGCGGCACCCGAUGUCAAGACCCAGUUACAGAUCAUGGAAAGCUUCCCACCGGGGCUUGACUCGGUUUAUGCUCAAUUUAUCAACAAGACAGGCCAUAGGCUCGAUAGCGCCCAUCUAGACAUUCGCCGGCAAUUUUUCACUUUGAUUGCAGGAGGCUUGCAAUUUCUGGCCAUCGACGACAUUGGUACAGCAAUAUGUUUAGAUGUUUUCCAUUUGUGCAAAGAUAAAAAUCGUGCACUUUUCGACAUUGAAACCGAACUGGGCAAUCUUUGCGGCCCUCUUGUGGUCACAACAGACGGAACUGCUCGAUUAAUCCAUGCCUCAGUCAAGGAUUACUUGAUUAAAUUCGAAAAGCCAACUUCCUUGUCCAUCAAUCUUGAUGCUGCCACCACAAAUCAAUUCAUGGUCACUCGAUGUUUGUGUAUGCUGAUGCUGCCUGAAUUUAACAGUCGCUCGCUCAUUUCUGAUUUACUUCAGCAAAGUAUGUACAAGUACAGCGAGGCUGUGGACUCUGACAUUGGUGUAGAAUCUCCAUCUACAUUACAGGGCUUCUACAAAUAUGCAGCUCUCAAUUGGCAUUCACAUCUGGUCGCCCUAUCCCAGCCGCCCUUGCACAUCCUGAAGCUUAUGGCCAAAUUUUUCAAGAGUCGCCAGUUUGUUACAUGGGCCGAAAGCCUCUUCUUACUGCGGGGAGGGCUUCACGGUGCUCCAGCUAUGGAUGUUGCCAGCUACUUGAACUCCUGGCUUGCUCUCCAGCCACCGUCAUCGAGAGAAAUUGUGCCGAUGAAUGAUUAUGUUGAGUCAGCAUACGGCCAGCUGGUCGAGGAUAGCAAAAUGUCAGAAGAAUUUCCUUUAGCGAUCGCCUUCCUCCGUUCCAGAUUGGCAGAGUAUUGUGCUUGGACAGCAAACCUAAGCGAUAGUGCUUUCAAUCUGUUGAUAACUGCGGCAAAAGGCCUUGAAGACCAGCUGGGACCACAUCAGAUGACUCUAAUGGCCUUGGAUGCUCUGGCGACAGGUAAGAGCUUGAUACUAGUGUGGAGUCAAAGCCGAGAACGGUAUUUCUAA